GUCUGCCUCUGCCUCCUGAGUGCUGCGAUUAAAAGCUUGUGCUACCACCAACCACUAGUACUCUCCUUUUACUAGGAACUACUUUAAUGUUUGAUUGAUGUCCUCUUCUUAGGAGCUACUCUGUAGUCCAAGCCAUCUGAAAGAAAGGCACUCCCAUAGCCUCACAGCCUCCCCUGGCCUCCCAUGAUCAAACAUCACAUUACCAUAAAUUGAGUCAGGUUUCACCUUUACAUUCCCUUCAAGAACUAGGCACAGGCAUUCAGAUGUGUGGGAGACAGAGAAAGGACAGAAGCAGGGAAGAGCAGAAAGAAAGUGAAGGCAAGUACAGUCCAAAAUAUACUUGCCCACCCUCCCAGACACCAAGAUCCCCAGUAGGGCCAGCUUUUCUGUAGAAGUGUAAGGAGAGAAACAGCUGAAAGGGGGGAGCUGAAAGGUAUAUGACUGCCCAAAUUCGUGAGUCACAUAAACAGUAGCUACAGUCUCCAGGGCAAUUGGAAGUCCUCAGGCUCCAGUGGGCUGCAGUGUGUUGCCUCCAAGUUCCUGAGGUGCCUGCGUGCUAGGAACAAUGCAAGCUGCCGGCGCCGCCGGGGGCUCAAGCCUUGGCCCACAAGCCAGGGGAAAAGUAGGUCCGUGUGGCCCCCAGGCCUCAGCAUCGUCCAUCUCCUUCUGGCAGCGCUCACGAUAAGAACGCAGCAUUGCUAAGCACCACUCAUCAUCCACGCGGUAGCGCGCAUAGAAUGCAGCUUCUUGAGCCAAGUUACUGGUGCGUAGCCAGCGGGUUACCACCGUGCGGCCCUCGCGGGCCAUCACAGAAGGAUAUCUGUGCUGUAGCAGACGCAAUAGCAGCUCAUUACCACGGUUACCUUCCACAUCACCCUCCUCUUGACAGGAUGGCAGAGUAGCUAUAUGGCUCGAGGUGCUGACAACAUCAUCUUGCGUGCGCCUGAGCAACAGUACUGGGCCUGGGUAGCAGCACAGCUGCUCAGCAACAUUGAGAUUAAAGUGCUCCCGUACAGUGCGUACCACCAGCCCUUUCCAACUGUGGGGCAUGACCUUCAGCGCUAGUGGCACAAGAUCAUCAAAGGUGGCAUCCAGCACCAGUGCACCUAGUUCUGGGUAAGUCAUGGUGGCCCAGGUAGCUGUGAAGCCUCCAAUAGACCAGCCAUAAACUACAACAUUUGCUGGCGGGAAGUGCAGGCGGUGCAGUGCAUACUUGACCACCACAUCCAUUGCAUUUGCAUCAUGUUGAGGGAAAGGUGCGCCUGUGCUGCCCCCAAAACCAGGGUGGUUCCAGCCUAGCACUGAGUAUCCAGCCUCCAGAGGUGCAGACAGGCAGCCCAUCUCGUAGAAGCCAGCAUUGCCUUCACAGCAUAUGACCAAGCGCAGUCCACGGCCAUGGCUGCCUGGAUGCUGACGACGGUCCAUGAACAUAGUGUCAAUUUCAUUGCCAUCACAAGCCACCAGCUUGGCACGCCGCCCACGGUAGCGCUCCACUAGGCGCUCUUGGCCCUGCUGCAGUAGAGGCAGUAGCGCACGUGUCAUCAAGAACAUAGAGCCAGGGUAUACAAGCCAGCGGCCCAGUGAGUGGGCCAGUGCAUAGCUGGCUAGUUGACUGGGCAGCUCACGGAUCUGCUGGAGGAGGCACUGUGCUUGGCUUCGAGCCCCACGCGGAGGCCUUGUGAGUGCGUCCCCACCCAGUGCUGCAUCAUGUAGCAGCCACACACCUGCUGCAGCUGCAGCACAUGUCAAGGCACGAUGACUGCUGCUACCAGUGCCUGAGGCAUGCACAUCAUCCCAGCGGAAGUCCACUGGCCAGCUUCGGAAGUUAGUCUAUAGAAGAGGCAGCAGCAAGGCUCCCAGAUGAACAACCGAAAGGAAGAUAUGGAAAUCACUUCUCACUACCGGCAUUUGCUGCGCGAGCUCAAUGAGCAGAGACAGCACGGAGUCCUGUGUGAUGUGUGUGUCGUGGUGGAGGGCAAGGUCUUCAAGGCACACAAGAACGUCUUGCUUGGGAGCAGCCGCUACUUCAAGACACUCUACUGCCAGGUGCAGAAGACAUCUGACCAGGCAACAGUCACUCAUUUGGACAUUGUCACAGCCCAAGGCUUCAAGGCCAUUAUUGACUUCAUGUACUCUGCCCACCUGGCUCUUACUAGCAGGAAUGUCAUUGAGGUGAUGUCAGCUGCCAGCUUCCUACAGAUGACUGACAUUGUGCAGGCCUGCCAUGAUUUCAUCAAGGCUGCACUGGAUAUCAGCAUCAAGUCAGAUGCUUCAGACGAACUCUCUGAGUUUGAGAUUGGCACCCCAGCCAGCAACAGCACAGAGGCACUGAUCUCAGCUGUAAUGGCUGGAAGGAGCAUCUCCCCAUGGCUGGCUCGGAGAACAAGUCCUGCCAAUUCUUCUGGAGACUCUGCCAUUGCUAGCUGUCAUGAAGGAGGGAGCAGCUAUGGGAAGGAGGACCAGGAGCCUAAGGUUGAUGGUCCUGAUGACAUUUCGUCACAGUCUUUGUGGCCUGGAGAUGUAGGCUAUGGGUCUUUGCGCAUCAAGGAAGAACAGGUUUCACCAUCACAUUAUGGAGAGAGUGAACUUCUAUCCUCCAAGGACACUGCAAUACAGAACUCUUUAUCAGAGCAGGGUGCUGGGGAUGGCUGGCAGCCCACAGGCCGGAGGAAGAAUAGGAAAAACAAAGAGACUGUCCGACAUAUCACACAGCAGGUGGAGGAGGACAGCCGGGCUGGCUCCCCAGUACCCUCAUUCCUGCCCACAUCGGGAUGGCCUUUCAGCAGCCGAGACUCAAAUGUGGACCUGACCGUCACUGAGGCCAGCAGCUCAGACAGCCGAGGUGAGAGAGCAGAGCUCUAUGCACACAUCGAUGAGGGCCUCCUAGGAGGAGAAACCAGCUACUUGGGCCCACCCCUCACCCCAGAGAAGGAUGGAGCACUGCAUCAGGCCGCUGCAGUGGCCAACCUGCGUGCAGCACUCAUGAGUAAGAACAGUCUGCUGUCACUCAAGGCUGACGUGCUCGGGGAUGAUGGCUCGCUUCUGUUCGAGUACCUGCCCAAAGGUGCCCACUCAUUGUCUCUGAACGAGUUCACAGUGAUCAGGAAGAAGUUCAAGUGUCCCUACUGCAGCUUCUCGGCCAUGCACCAGUGCAUCCUUAAGCGACACAUGCGCUCGCAUACUGGAGAACGACCCUACCCUUGUGAGAUCUGUGGCAAGAAGUUCACUAGGCGAGAACACAUGAAGCGACAUACUCUGGUCCACAGCAAGGACAAGAAGUAUGUAUGCAAGGUGUGCAGCCGUGUGUUUAUGUCUGCAGCCAGCGUGGGUAUUAAGCAUGGUUCUCGUCGCCAUGGUGUAUGUGCAGACUGUGCUGGCCAGGGUGUGGCCACACCACUGGACCAUGGUGGAGGUGGUGAGGGCUCCCCUGAGGCAUUGUUUGCUGGUGAAGGGCCAUACCUGGAAGACCCCGAUGAUCCACGAGGGGAAGGUGAAGAGGAGCUAGAUGAGGAUGAGGAUGUGGCCAAAUGGAAGGACGACGUGGGUUUGACACAUGAGGAUGCACUGCUGGGAGAUGACAAGGAUGACGAGGACUCUCCACAGGGGCCCCGCAGCCCCUCUGGGGAACCUGAUAAAGACUUUGCCUGGAUCUCCUAGGGGCUCUGCUCUGGUGGGCAGGGUGGGUAGUGGCUGAAUCGCUUUGUCCACCUGUGUGUGUCUUAGUGGGUCUUUACUUACCAAGGAGCAGGGCCAUGCUGACUCCUUGAAGCUCUUCCUACAGGCCCUCCUCUGUCCUAUAACCCUCCCCUCUUUCAGAAACUGGUCCUAUGAGCUAAGAAGUGGGUGUGACUCCAGUGAAUGGGGAGCACUAGGACUGAACACAAAGUGAGGAUACAGUAUGGGUUUAGGAAAAGGGAGAAUGCCUACUCGCACCUGUCCAGGUAUAAAUGGAAUCCCCAACAGGUGGGUCUAGAUAUAAGGGCAGGGCUGCACCAAGGCCUGGGCAUGCUUCCUCAGGGUAUCAAAGGAGCCCUUCGCUGUGAACCUGGCUAGGAAUGCAAGAUGACUCAGUGGCCAGGUCAGGGUCAGCACUAGUUAGGGUCAUGAGGGCAAUCCCCCAGCCCACCAGGUCUGAGUAGGUGUUGAGUUUCACAUAAAUACAAACUGCUCCAUCCACAGCAUUGCUCAAUCUUCCACCCCCAUUCUCCGUCAGUCAGGUUAUGGGCUCUGGCCCUGUCAUUUUGUCCUCUUGGUUCCUGCUGCCCCAUGGCAGCUGGUAGAAUCUAGUGAGCAUAAAGCCCUGCAACCCUCUUACCUCCAGGCUUUGGUGCUUAACACAAAAUGGCUGCAGAUGCCUCUCUGGAAGCCCUAGGCUCCAGGUGCUAUCUCUGUUGGAAGCAGCUACCCAAGUGGCAGGCCAAAGAGGAAGAAGGUUCUGUUCAAGAAGGGCCCUGUGGCUGGAUGCUUUACGCUUUCAGGCCCACAGGGUUGAGUUGCAAGGGCCACAGCUCUUUGUUCUGUGUGCACUUUCUUUGAGAGCCCCACUGUGCACCCUGAGUUCUGCCUAAGCCCUUGCUGACCCCUCCUUGGACCAGAUAGAGCUCAAGCUCCUGCAUUUGUUGCUGCUAACAAUGGAGGUGGGUGUUCCUAGCUGCAGUGUGCUGCUGAUGCCUCCCUGCCUAGGAACCAAAUUUUAAAGAAGUCAGAGACAUUUUCAGGUGGUUACUACAGGCUACUUUGUUCUGAAUUGUUUUUCUCAUUUGACAGGACUCUACAGGAGUGGUUUCAUUUAACUCUUCAUCAAGCCCACUUUCUGUAUUUCUAAAGGCCCUCACACUUGUUCUGUGAAAAGUGUAGGCUUCAUUUCCAUGGCUCUGAGGCCCAGAGAGGCAGCUGUCCACUUAACCUGCAGGGUAGACACAGAUACUGCAGCCUGCCCUCUUCUUGAGGCCAUUUCUGACAAACUAUCAAGACAUUCCAUCCUUCACCCACCUCAUCUCCCAAAGGCCCACUGCAGUGAUGUUCAGUGAGUGAACACUCCGAUGAGGUGCCGUGGGCUAACCUACUCUGUGCAAGGGCUCAUCAGGCUACUAAGCAUUAGGGCCAGUUCGAGAAUUUUGUUUUUCCUUUCUCAAACACUAAGUCAAAUGGCUUUUAGACAUUUUUUUUUUUUUUUUAAAACUGGCUCAUCUGUUCUUUCUAGGUAAGAGGAAGCCCCAUAAAACUGUAAUUUAGGUCCCAGUGGUUAUACAGAGCAUGUCACCUGGUAACAUUCCCCAAGUACCAGCUGCCUGAAUUACAAGAAGGAAUCAGAGCUUUUAUUGUUUUAAACAAAACAACAGUCAAGAGGAACAGGGCCAGGACUCUCUACAGAGUGUAGGAACCACUGUCUGAAAGCUGUGUGCCCCUCUACUCACUGCCCUCUCCUCUGAGGCAUACUGGUUCUGGAGGACAUUUCUGUCCAGUACAGUAGCGUAGCUAGACCCCCUUUUACCAACAGAACUCCAGGUCGAGACCGUCUAGCCUUGCUAGGCCCCUUGAGGGCUAUCAGACUUAGUACCUUCCUCUCUCUUUCAAAUUGCCUUUUCUAAACAUUUUCUUAUAAAAUGCAUUUGGAAACUAGACCUUUGCUACCACUGUCUCUGGGUUUUUCUAUCAGUCCCUACUUCUCAGGCUGUCCUGCCCAGGACCCAGGACCUCUGGCUCACCUCCCAAGGCACCUGUGCCCUCCACUCUCAGGAUGUCUUGCUCUGACUGGCCCCACUUCCAGACUGCCUUUGCUGUCCUUUCUGGGGGUUCCCUGUCAGUACCGCAGGGCACUUCCUUAAAACCAGUACUGUACCAGAAAACUAAGGGUCCUGGUUCUGGUCCCACCACCUUCCAAGUGUUUGCCAUGUGACAGGCUUUGUUCUGGCUCAGUUUCCAAUUGGAAAGUGGAAUUCUAGAGAUCCAGAUGAAUACAUCCAACUCAGGAGGCAUGGAGGGAAAGGACAUAUGUAUUGAAGUUUUUUUUCUUUUUUAAUGUGACUUUUUUUUAUUCAAUGUUCAAAC